AUGAUUAUUCCAGAGGGUAAAGUGAUAGCAAUCCGAGAGCCUUUGAACGUUUGCAGCUUCAAGGAAGUCUACGAGAUUUUCGUGGACCAUCCCUAAGAUUUUGUUUAUCUGAGUUCUUCUGACGAGAGAGCACCAGAUUUAUGGCGCUUUCACUCAGCCGAACAACACUCGCCUAUGGAGUACAAGGCAAUGGGAAACAAAGACUACUCCGCCAAGAGGUAUCAAGAGGCGGUGGAUCUCUACAGCAGGAGUCUUGUUGCAUCCGGCGAAAGUUCACUGCUGUCUUGUGAUCUACUACGAAACCGAGCCGUGAAUCACCUGCACCUCAAACACUUCGAAAGUGCCAAAGCGGACGCAUUGUUUUCUAUCAUUGAGGCGUCGGAAGAGGUCAACCCCGAGAUCGAAAACAAGUUGAACAGCAAGGCAUUCUUUCGCGCUGAUCGUGCAGAAUAUGAGCUCGGGGAUUUCAUUGCCACCAAAUCUUCGUUUCAUGCCGCACUCAACUUGUUGCCCGAUGAUUGCGACAUGCUCACGGAAUCUGCUCGCCGUGAUAGUCGCCUAGCCGAGGCAAUCCAAGGAUACUGUGACUUUACCACGAUCAGUGAUUCUCUAUCCAUCCCAGCUGAACCUCUACUCGAUCAUUUCAACUUCCUUUCCAACACUGUCAUUCCGGGGACAACUGAUCGCGGUAUGGGUGUGCUCGCGACAAAAGCCAUCAAGCCAGGUGAGCUUGUACUUUGUGAACAGGCUUUUCACAUUGCCCAACCACAAGACUCGCGCCACAGGCUCGUCAACACGAGCUCGAAAACGGUAGGCGGGGCGGCUCAUCCACAUGACGGUCUUUACUAUGCCGUUUUAGACAAGAUCCGCAACAAUCCGGCCACCUGGGGUAAGCAAUUCUUCGAGCUAUAUGACGGUGGCUACGCGCCGAAAACUCCAUUAAUCGAAGUCGAUGGCACUGUUGUCAUUGACACAUUCCGGGUUUGGAUCACCUGUCAAAGGAACUGUUACGGCUCGCCAACCCUGCGCACCAGCGAUCAAGCUUCCGGAGAAGACGACGCACCGAAUCCUUGUGGACUCUGGCUGCGAGCCUCUCGCAUCAACCAUGCCUGUGCCCUGAACGCAACACGAUCAUUUCUCGGCAGCCUCAUGUUGAUUCAUGCGACACGCGCCAUCGAUGCUGGCGAGGAGAUCACCCUGACGUACUGUCCAUCCGUAGCCGAAACUGACGAGCGUCGCAAACGGCUGAGCAACUAUUGGCAUCUCGCAUGCUACUGUGCUCUCUGCGCGAUGGAAACAGGUGGCGCCGUCAAGCAACGUGACAGACUGCAACGAUUGCUCGCAACAUUAGCAGACUUCCAGAACAAACACAAUUGCACGAAGUCAGAUCAGGUCAAUAAGUAUGUUGUCGAUCAAGCGGAGACUCUAUAUCAUGACCUUGGUUCUGCAUAUGGCGAUCUCCGAGCUGGGAAAAUCCCACGUCUCGGUCUCCUCCAUCUCGCUACAUGGCUCUGCAAGGCUUACGGCACGAUGAACGAAUGGGACAAAUCGCUCCAGAAGGCACUGGAGGCUCUCCAGCACGCCGGACUUCGCGUUGCCUUGAAAGCAUCCCACAGCACCACCAAUCCGUACGAUGUCGUGCCUGGCAAACGCAAAGUCGCCGUGAAACGAUCUAAGCCGUGCCUUGUCGAUCCUCGCGCUGUCGACGCCGCAUUCCAUGCUUCUGUCUGCUGCUCCAGAUCUGGGAAGUUGGCUGAUGCCAAAGCGUAUCAAGGUUUGGCAUUGGAGUUGUUUCGUACUGUUUAUGGAGAGUAAAAGGGCUACGUAGAGAGGUAUGGGCCGCUGCUGUGAUAUAUUGAUCGGGAGGUUCAAUCUGGUCCAUCAGUGCUUUGCUUGCUCGAUGCUUGCCCCAAAGUUCUUGUCUGUAUGAUUCUGAUGCGCUUUUCCCGAGACAUCGUUGUUUUCAUGUCGGAGAGAGACAAACUAUUCAGCUCAUUUGAAGGACUUUUCCAAAUUCUCAACAAUUCUUUCCUUUGGUGUCCACGCCCUUCCCGCGUUUCUUCUUUGCCAUUCAACUCGUUUUUGAUGUUUCUGCGAGCUCUAAACAGCCACUUCUAUCAAUGUAAAAUGCAUCUCAUUGAGCACCGGCGACAUUGACUACUGCACAAGAACUGCUGUGGCGUGUCGUAGGAGUCAAUGGGUCAGCUCAACGACAGUUUACC